AUGAGAACCGUUCAGUGGCUGCUUCAGAUCUCCUUGUUACUAUGGCUAAGCAAAGGAUUAGCAGCAACUCAAGCGAAGCCUGGUUGUCAAGAGUGGUGUGGAGACGUUGACAUUCCAUACCCCUUCGGAAUUGGAUCUUCUGGUUGCUACUUCGAUGAAUGGUUCGAAGUAACUUGCAACAACUCUACCGACCCUCCUAAGCCUUUCCUGAAAGGAGUAAAUCUGGAGGUGCUCAAUGUUUCAUUACAUGGCACCGUCCGGGUCAACAACCCAGUACUCCUUUCUCAGAAUUGUUCCGGCAAACCAUCAAAUGACACGCAGUGGUGGGAGGGAGGCCCCUUUUCAUUCUCCAACACCUACACUAGAUUCACUGCUGUGGGCUGCAGCGCCAUGGCCUACUUUAUGCAGGAUGAUACAGUAAUCGGGGGAUGCAUGACCCUCUGCAAAAAGGACGUCCCAACUGCGGCAAAGAAUGCCAGCUGCUAUGGCUUGGAGUGUUGCCAAACCCAAGUCCCUCCAGGCCUCCUGUCCUUCACUGCAAAUUUAGACACCUUUCCUGAAGGUAGUGCUGAUGAGCAAGAACCAUGCAAAUACGCGUUCAUGGUGGACCAAGAAUGGUUCAUCUCAAAUGUACCAGAUCCACAUACGAUGAAAGAUAUGGAAUACGUUCCAGCAGUGCUGGACUGGCGGAUAUACAACGCAACGUGCGAUGCCUCCACCUCAAACCUCAACACAUCCACAAGUUUUUGUGGCGAGAAUACCAUUUGUUCAACUGACACUCAAACCUCAAGUCUCACCUGCAGCUGUCCCCCGGUAUAUGAAGGCAACCCUUAUCUUCCCCAAGGAUGUGAAGGUGAAACUCUUGAUAAGCUAUUGGCUAAUAGGACGAGGGCCAUAAUGAAUGCAACUCAUCCUAUCUAUUUAGAUGAAAGCGAACAACGUCACAUAAUGGUGUUACCAGGCUGUUUAAACAAAUAA